AAGUAUGGCGGGUGAUACGAAGGGCGCUUUAGGACUGCUAAGUGGUUACGGUUCUAGUGAUAACAGUGAUGAAGAUUCAGUUCCGGGAGUCAGAGUUUCAGUGAAGAGAGCAGUUCCAGCAGAUUGGAAUACAACAGAAGAAAAGAAAAGGAGUGCAGACAUUGUAAAAUUGCCUCUUCCACCUGCUCUGCGUUCGCUCUACAAUAAAGAUGAACAAGAAAGAACAGAUGAUGAUCCAUCGCUUCAUGAAGGACGAGUUAGAUCCUUUCCACAUGAAAGAGGAAACUGGGUGACAUUUGUAUAUAUACCAUGUGAUCCAUCGCCUUUACUACAUACUUUGCUGGAGGUAUUUUGUAAUCUGUUGGAGAGCAUAGCUGUACUUAAACCUGUCAGCGACUUACACAUAAGCCUCACCCAAACAGUUGUACUGCGGCAUCACUGGAUUGACCCCUUUGUGGACUCUGUUUCUGAGAAAGUAAAAGAGUUGCCAAGGUUUCGUAUAACAUUUGAUUCAGUGAAUGUGUAUUGUAAUGAAGCAAAAACCAGAACAUUUAUUGGGCUGACAGUUUCUUCUGGGGCAGAUGCGCUGAUGAGUGCAAUAAGAGUGUUAGAUGAGUGUCUUUCUGAAUUCAAGUUACCUGCCUUCUAUGAGGAUCCGUCAUUUCACUUGAGCAUUGGAUGGUGUCUUGGAGACCUUGCAGAACCGAUUUCUACUCUCAUACCACAGCUUGACGUAGUGUUUCAACAGUUUCGUCAAGCACAGCCAGAUAAAUGGCACAUAGACGUAGAGAAACUCAUGUGCAAAACUGGAAAUAAAUAUUUUACAUUUCAGCUACAAUCAUAAAUUUACUUUUUGUUUCUUAUAUUGUGUAUUUUCAGAGACAUAAUGUGUGAAAACUUCUAGAACAGUUAAGAUUUAAUUUUGUAAGUAAUAUGUAGUAGUUUGUUCUGUGAGCAAUCACCACAAUUGUUACAAAGAAGAAAAA